AUGGUUCAAUCCCGGGUUUUGCGUGUCACAAAUGUGGUGCUUUUGCUCACUGGUUACCAAAUGUAUUGGUUUGAGAAGAAAUCGCAAAGGUUUAGAGUGUCCCUGCCGGGAGUUGUCCAUACUUUUGUACUGGGAUGCAUCUAUGCUGCUUGUUUUUCCCAGCACUUUGAUCCCACAUCAUCGUUACUAAAGGUCCUUCAGGAUGUGUCGCCAUUUCUUUAUGGAUUAACCAGAAUGCAGCUAUUAUUGGGCGUAAAAGUAAUUUCCUUUGCCAUUUACUCUUCAGUAAGAGCUAUCGGAAAGGUUAAUUCCUUGGUGGAAUCAUUUUCAAUCCGAGAUCAGCGACUAAGCAAAGAUGAAGCCGUAGCCUAUGCUCUUUUGGUAUCCACAUUUGGAAUUCUGCUUGGUUUUGUACUAUACAUAUCCUACGAAAUGAAAUUCGAACUGCCUCCACGCCAGGAUAUCAUGAUCGGAACUGCUCUCUUCCUUCCUCACCUGAUUCUAUCUGGAUCCUCGAGACUGUACAAUAUUUUGGCCUGGCUAACUCGUGGCGAAUUGCAAGAGAUCAAGAAAAACGUAGUGAAUGAGCUAAGUGCCAAUUUGACCAGAAAACAAUCAACUGAGGCGUCCACUUCCUUUAACAUUUCAACAGUUAACACCAGUCUGGACACUAUGGAACUCCAAAAGAAGAAGUUAGAGGCCAUUGGUAGUAGAUUUCAUUGUCUUUUUCAGUCAUUGCAAUCUUCGUUAAUGUUGCUCUUUGCUUUAAAUGGAAACUGUCUUCUGGGAGGUAUAUAUUCCUAUAUAUACUAUCGACACACUUGGCACGUUCUCUUCGAAGAUCGGAAGCAAAGAAUCUUCUAUGCGGCAAAUGCGUCCAUAUAUGCCUGUAUUGCAAGUGACUACAUCUGCCUGAUGCUUGUUCAGGCUGCAAUGGAAAAAGAAUGCGAGAGCUUUUUGAAGGAUGUGGAUUCUUUUCUGGUCCAACGCGAUGCUAUACCCAAGAGACUUCGAUCUCUGGGCAAGGAUAUUAAGCAAAUUCUACAAAAGACUUUCGAUUUCAAAUAUUAUUCCCUUUGGCGAUUUAAUGUCUACUAUUUGACAUGGGCAAGUUAAGUUUCUAUGAAAUUUUAAAAUAUUUAUUUAUAAAAUAUUGUAUUUCAGAUAAUAUUUAUUCAAUUGCUAAUAGUGGCUGUAAUUGUUGCUUUACAUUAUCUAAACGAUGAAAUUCUAUUGAUAAAAGAAGAAUUGAACAACAAAGGCGAUGAAUAA